ACAGACGUCUGCAGACGACUCCCGAACUCAGCUCAGCUGUUGUUGUUUGGCCCCGAAAGAAAGCAGACUGCCCAUUACAUCAAAAUGGCUGCGAAAAGAGUUGCCGCCUCCGCCAUUGACUGGGCUGCCUUCGCCGCCCGAGUUCCCGAGGCCCAGAAGCCCAUGUUCAACGCCUUCAAGGGGAAAUCGGACGGCUAUCUGAGGAAAGUACUCUCCCUACCUGAGGCUGCUCCAAAAAUCAACUUCGCCGAGUACAAGGCUCGUAUUGCCAUUCCGGGUAUGGUCGACGAAUUUCAGAAACAGUAUGAAGCUCUGAAGAUCCCAUACCCAGCCGACACUGUUUCGGCAGAGAUUGGUGUUGUUGAAAAAGAAGCUUCUAUCAGUGCAACAAACCCAACCAUGUGGCCCCAUUUGCCAGAAGACCAGCCUGGUUAUGUUACCAAGGAUGCUGCAGAAUCCCACCACUAGGAGAAAAAAUUUGGAAAGUCAAUAGACAUUUAUUAAGAGUUUUCAGGUGGAUAUUGUACCGAGUAAUGCCCCAGCAGAUGUCCGAAGGUUAUUUUUAUCAUUUUGUUGUAAAUCUAAUAAUAAUGUAAAUAAAUUUAUAAGACCUU